AGCCGUCCGCGGAACCGGCAACAAAGACAUCAGUAUGUUUUGAGACGCUAAUUAUGUUUUAUCAAUGUUAGUGGGCAAGCGGAGUCAGCUAUAAAGUAUCUCAGUUUUACUCUAAAAAGCGGAAUUCGCGCCCUUUUUAUUUUUAACCGGUAUUGCAGUUAUGCUACGCAGAGGUGCUUUGAUUGUUUUGGAAGGUUGUGAUCGUGUAGGCAAGUCCACCCAUGCUAAACUGCUAUAUGAAGCUCUAAAAGAAGAAGGUCUGAAAGUAGAAGCAAUUCAGUUUCCAGAUCGUUCUACAGUAAUAGGAAACAUUAUUGAUAAAUACCUAGAAGGAUCACAAGAAUUGGAAGAUCAUGCAAUACAUUUAUUAUUUUCAGCUAAUAGAUGGGAACAAGUCCCUAAAAUGCUUCGUCUUUUAAAUUCUGGUGUCAGUUUGAUAGUUGAUCGUUAUGCUUAUUCUGGUGUAGCUUUUUCUUAUGCUAAAAAGGGUUUAAAUUUUUCAUGGUGUAAACAAUCAGAUGUAGGUUUGCCAAAACCUGACUUGGUACUUUAUCUUGAUCUGUCACCUGAAGCUAUGGCUGCCAGAAGUGGUUUUGGUGAAGAGAGAUAUGAGAAAGAAGAAUUUCAAAAUGAGGUCAGAAAAGUGUAUGGACUAUUACGUGAAGAUAACUGGAAGGUUAUUAAUACGGAAAGAGAAUUAAAUGAAGUGCAAGAAGAAAUAAAGAAGCAUACUAAGGAUACAAUUAGUAACAUCACUAGUUCUACUUGUGAUACAUUAUGGACUGAUAAUUUUGAGACCUAUGUGUGAUUACUUAAAAAAUUAUGCAUAAAACCUUUACAAUAAGUUGUAUUGGUUUUCGUACAUUUAUCUAGUUUACAUUCUAUGUCAUCAUUGUGGCUUUUCAAGUUGUCUAGUUUUUAUUUCAUUUUAUUUUUAUUGUACAAUUUUACGAAGCAUUUUACAAUUAAAGUUUUUAUAUUUUUUUA